AUGGCGACCGUUACACGUCAACCGUUUGCUCCUCUUGAUGGGUCCAGACUUCAAUCCCUCACAAGUAUUAAGAAUAGGCAAAAUGCUGCUCCUUCUACAGCUGGCAAACGAAAGGCUGAACUACUUGAUACCGACGACUUCGAAAAUGUUGAUCCUUCAGCUUUUGCCAAACGAUCCAAGGGAUCAAAAGACUUGACCAAGGAUAUUCUCAAACCAUCGGCUUUUGUCCUCAAGACUCCAUCUCUACCUGCUCUACCCGCUCCCUCUCCAAUCCCCAGUCGCCUCAGUCCAACCAAAUCUUCCCGUCGCACUCUUCAACCAAAGUCUCCUGCAAAGACAAACGGCAUCUCAAAGUCCUCUCCCAUUCAUGCUACUCCCGCUGGUCGAUCCCCUACCCGAACCAAACGAUCAUCUGGUCUUGGACCAAGCCGACGACGCACUCUUGGACGUAUUGAUCCUCCUACUCUUCUCGGCGCUGCCGCUCCCUUUUCUCUCGAUGCUGCUCUCAAGGGUACCAUCCCUGGAUAUGGCGCCAAGUCGGCACCACCUCCUAAGGAACCUGUCCUACCAGUGCCAGACAUGAAGGCUAGCUGGUUCUUUGAGAUUCACGAAGAUACACCCGAACAAGAAAUGACCAACCUUCUUCAACACAGCACAUGUACACUCGACAUUUCAUCCGACGAGGAAAGCGAACGCAAGCGCAACAGAGAUCGCGCUGAAGGUCGCGACAAGGAGAAUGUUCCUCCUCCUGAUGACGUAUCCCAAACUCGUCGCUCACCCCGAGCUGACGACAUGGUGGUGGAGAAGGAACGCGUGGCAUUGGGAGAAAUGAACACUGCCGACUUUUACGCUGAAGGAUGCGAUGAGACAUCAGUCAUCAUUGUUCCAGAAGAUGAGCCAGAAAGCAGCCUUCCGGAAUUAAGCACCAUUCCAGAGUCAAGUCUAGAGUCUCUCGAGCCUAGCAACCUGCCAGAGUUGGAGACAAUCGCUACACAACAAGAUAUUGAUAACCUCAUGGCCAAGCCUACAGAAGGAACAUCAAAAGCUGCUGUUUUGGAACCUAUCGAAGGAACAGGGGAAAGUUUUGAGUUGUGGGAAAGCGGUAGUGCACAUGACGAAGACGCAACUUCAUGA